CGUCUGAGUUACUUGAAGAAGAAGAUUGAGGUAGUUCCAGCUAACUCCUUUUCAGAGAAUCAGAGCCGUAGAUUCCCAGGAAUUUAGGCAUCUAAACCAGAUCAUUUGAUUUCCUCAUCAGGAUCUAGUAUCAGAGUGAAUUCAAAUCAGACAUUAAAUUUGGGUGCUUUUCAAGUUUGCGAAAAAAAAUAUAUGAUAAGAAUGGCAGUAGGACAGAUUCAGCAUGAAGAAUCUGUAACAACUGGUUUAAAGUUUGUCCCUGGCUCACGCAUUUUAGGGAGAAAAAGGGUUGUGAUUUCAAGUAGUUUGGAUUCAUCUUCUCCAUUAAGCGGGCCGUUGCAAAAGAGGCGUGGUGCAAGAUCGUGUAUGGAGAGAUCGAAUCGCCUCGAGUCACUGCCCCAAGAUGUUUUGGUCAGGAUACUGUGUAAGGUGAAUCAUAGUGACUUGAAACAGCUUCUUUUGGUGUCCAAGAUUGUCCAUGGAGCAACUCUGAUUGCUAAGGAGAUGCAUUUUGCUUUUAGCACUCCAUCUUCAAAGCCUAUCUUCAGGAGAGAAGGAAAUAUUGGAGAUUUUGCUUCAGAAGUUAGUGAAGAGGCACCAAAUGCACCGAAGGGACGGAGGGUUGCAAAAUCACGGCUAGAUCGAAAAACACUAUCAAGUAUUGCUGUUGCCCUCUUCGCAUCACCAGAGGACCGGUGGCCAAAGAACAGAUUGGCUGCAGAGAUGUAGAUAUGAAGUUUACUAGUUUUUGUUCACGUAAGCAUUUUGUAGACUUGCACUAGGUUGGCUUUUGUGCAUUCUGCAGGCUUUAGUUUCCACAGCUCUGUUCUGGUUGUUUUGUGCCUUGUUCUUCUAAGGUGAAGUCAUUGUGGAAGCCUUUCUUCAAUGCAUUUAUUGAAGAGAAAUGGCCUUCUAUGAUGUAUGUAACUAGAUAUCAAGUGUGUCGGAAGAGUGUUUCUCUCUUCUCUGUAGAUAAAUAUGUUGUACACUAGGAUUGAAUUGUAUUUGAAGGGUUAUCCUUCUUUUUACAUAAGAAGAAAUAAAACCACAAUUAAUUUCAA